UAGUGAAACCUUAAAAAAAAAUCCCAUCCCACAAUAUCUCAUAUCUGUCUAGAAAGAUCUCGAUUUUUUUUAUUUUAUUUUAUUUUUUUUUGUAUGAGAGUUAUAAAAAGUCUAUGAAAAGUACCAAAAUUUAAUUAACCAACAAUUCGAAGAAAUUUCAACCUAAUAAAUCAUCCAAUCCAAUUUUAGCAUUACUUGUCUUUCUCUCUCAUCCCAUGUCACCUUCAUAACCAACACCUAUUCACACCUCGACGACUCAUACAAACCUCUCAAAACCUAAAACUUAAAACUUCCCUCUAAUUUUGAAGUCAUAACUUUAAAAUUCACAUCACAUGUUUUAAAAUAUAAUAAAUAAUAAUAUAUUUUCCCAAAAAAUUUAUAAUCUUGGGUAGAUAGUAUUUGUGAGCUUUGAAUUUGAUAGAUAUGAACAUGAUACAAUUUCAUGAUAAAGUAUAUGUUGUUUUAGGCAAUGAAAUUCAAGAAGAAGAAGGUUGUUUGACUUUAAAUUGGGUUAUUAAUAAGUGGGCUUCUUAUCAUCAUCCUUUCUCAAUUGUCAUUCUUUUUAUCAAUUCUUCAACUUCUUCUCCCUUGGAGUUUGUUGAUACCCCAUUUGGAAAGCUGCCUGCCAGUUCAGUAAGUGAUGAUAUGUUGCAAACUUGGAGGAAAUGUGAACAAGAUAAGAUUGACAAGCUCUUCAGCAAAUACAUUGCCUUUUGUGGAAAAGUAAAAGCAGAGAUACAAAGUAUUAUCAAUAAGCAAGAUGAACCAAUUCAAAAGACUGUAGUUGACUUAAUCAUAGAGAAGAGAAUUACUAAACUAGUCAUGGGAAUGACAUUUAUGAGAUCGUCAUCAUCUGGGAGAUCAAAAAAUGCAAUUAGUGGAUCAUUCUACAUUCAUAAAACAAAGCCAGAUUUCUGUGAAUUAUUCAUAAUAAGCAAAGGAAAAUUGGUGUUUGUGAAAGAAGAAAAUGAUGAAAGGUAUAUAGAGGAUGAAGAAGGUAAAAUAGUGGUAAAAUUGAAGAAAAAAGGAAGUUUGAGGGAUUGGUUAUUAGAGAAGAUGUUACCCAAUGGACAAGUGAAAUCCCCAAAUUACCCCUCACCAAAGUCUUCAUGCAUGGAAUGUGAAUCCCCAUUUUCAAGGAAUUCUAAUGAUUGGGAAUUCUAUGAACAAGAUGUUGAAGAGUAUUUCAAAGAGUUGGUAGAUUCAAUGAAGGAGAAAAAAGAGAAUGUAGAAAAAUAUGCAUCAAGUACUUGUAUGGAUAAUAGUCCAAGUGACCAAGACAUUCUUGUUCAUGGUAUUGAGGAAUUACAGAUUUCCGGUGACAGAGUUGAAGAUCUGAAAAAGAAGAUACAAGAAGCACGCACAUUGAUCGAGUCCAAUAAAAAUGCCGUGGAAGCUGAAGUUGACAGACAAGCCAAAGCUCAAUGGGCUAUUUCUUUGUGCAAUACUAGGGCAGAGCAACUCCAAGCUCAAAUAGCAGAAGACAUCUCAACAAGAAAUGAGUUAACAAAAGAAAUAGACAACACUAAAGAGCAGAUGAAUGAAAUUCUAGCAGAUGUGCAAGAAAACAAGAACAGGCUAAAAUCAUUGCUUGAGCUGCAAUCAGAGUUGUCAAGCAAACUACAGAUCUCUUCGUUGGCCAAGUUAGGAGCCGAGACACAGCUAGAGAAUGCAACCCGUACAAGAGUUGAGCUCGUAAGAGAAAUUGAGCAACUGAGGAAGCAAAGAGAUGUAUUCCAACGUAGGAUUGAAUUCUGCAAAGAAAAGGAUGCUAUUGGAUUAGCUACUAGGAUGAGUGAUCAGGUGAUGAGCUGCAGUUAUAGGGAGUUCACUGCAGAUGAAAUUAGAGUAGCUACUGGUAAUUUUUCUGUAUAUAGUAGAUUGGCAUGUGGAGGGGAUUGUAGGAGUAGUGUUUAUAAGGGCCGAAUCAAUCGCCUUUCUGUCGCUGUCCAGAUGCUCGAUUUUGAUGAAGAGAUGUCCCAAGAGAUUUUCCAAUCAAAGGUGAAUCUCCUAGCAAACACCAGGCAUCCUCAUGUUACAGCCUUCAUUGGCUUCUGCUCAGAGCUAAGGUGUUUAGUAUUUGAGUACAUGCAUAACGGUUGCCUAAGAGACAUCUUAUUCUCACGGACAAAAGCCAGGGUACUCCAAUGGCAACAAAGGAUUCAAAUCGCAGCACAUAUUAGCUUAGGCAUACAAUUUCUCAACCUAGCAGAACCAAGGCCAAUCCUCUGUAACGGGCUUAACCCAUCGACGAUCUACCUAGACAAGAAUCUUGUAGCGAAGUUCAAUUCCUUCGAGCUCGCACCAUGCUGUGAUGAGGCUGAUGUGCAAGCUGAAGUAAAUGCUUUUGGCGACUUGCUGCUGCAGCUUCUCACAGGGAGAAAUUGGGCUAGGAUUGAUCAUGAAGCAAUGCUGACCAACAAACAGGCCAUAUUCGAAGCCUUGGAUGGAAAUGCAGGCGAUUGGCCUUCCGAUUUGGUGGAAGAGAUCGUACAGCUAGCAAUAAAAUGUAGGACUUUAAACUCGGAGCCUAAUGUAAGAGCAAUCAUGUCUUCAGUGACAAAGACGUUGAAUGAGCUGAAGAAAAAGGCUGAUGUGAUGACAAUGAGAGAAUAUCGUAAGGAUAGCGAAGACAAUAUAUUUUCUGGUGGUGAGGAAUGGAGUCAUGUUCCUUGCAAUUUUCUGUGCCCCAUACUUCAGGUGAUAAUGGACAAUCCACAUAUAGCCGCAGAUGGACAUUCAUAUGAGUUAGAAGCAAUAGAAGAAUGGUUGCGGAUUGGACACGAUACAUCACCAGUAACGAACCAGAAGCUGAAGCACAAACAUUUAGUCCCUAACAAUAAUCUUCGUUUCCUGAUACAGGAUUGGCGUAAAUUUGUGAAUCUACUCAAAAAUAUGGAUUCUUCAGGUGACGGAAAAUCUAAUCAACUCGGAUUACGACCUCUCAGUAUAUCACAUUUGUGCUUGUUAUAAUGAAGUUAGAUUUCAAGUAGACAUGUCAAAUGGUUAUAGAGUUCAAGUAAAAAGUACAAAUCUGAUCAUUAUCUCUAUGUGUAGUUCUUCUUUAGCCUUACUUCUCCCAAUCCAAGCAAAGCAUUUGAAGUGAUAAACCGUUUUCUUACUCUUUCUGUCCUUAAAUUUAUUGAAGGAUAUAAAGCUUUGUAGACAAAUCUUAGAAGCUGAUUGUGUACAAAAUUUUGGUUUAUUUUUAUAUUUAUCAUUAUUUGGGAAGAAAUCCUGUUAAGUCCAAUUUGAGAAAAUGAUUUAGGUCCAACUCGGAUCGGAUUAUUUCACCAAAAAGGUGGAUUUAGGAAAUUGUUCAUCUUAAAGUGUUAUGUUAAAUUAUGCUUGCACGCCGUACUUUCCAUAUGAAGAAUGAUAGUUUUUUUUG